CAUAUUGUAUUGUAUUUUUUUAUAGGAGAGGGGGCAAACGAGCAUGCGGCUCACCUGAUGGUAAGUGACUACCGCCGCCCAUGAACAACGGCAACACCAGGGGAACCAGGGGAAUUGCAGAUGCAUUGCCGGCCUUUUAAAAAGGAGUAGACUCUUUUCUUGAAGGUCCCUAAGUCGUAUCGGUCCGGAAAAAUAGCUGAUGGUAAUCGAUUCCACAAGGAAAUCGUGUGAGGAAGAAAACAUCUUCUAAAUCACACAGUGGUGGACCGCCAAUCAUCCAGAUGGUGUGGAUGGUAUCGGGAGUUCUGCCGCGAUGUGCGUUCGUGAAAUUUGGCGGCUGGGAUUAAUCCAAGCAAUUCCGAGCAAUUGGGCCAGUGAGUCGUCCUCCCUGUGCAGAGAUGGUAGUGAUAGCUUACAGAAUUUCCAUUGGACAGCCUUGGCGAGAAACCAGAAUGCACGGGUUCCCGAAGGAAGGCGAACUAGUUUCUCGCCAAUUCUGCCUAUGGUCUCUGACUUUGCCUUGGCAAUAACUCUUUUGAAGGACCUGGAGGCGAAGUUAUACUUCUUUUUAAGUAUGGUGGUGUUUACACCCCGAGUCGCCGAAGCCGCAGCCCAGGCUUGAUAACACUCCUGCUUACUGCGUAAUGUAGUCUUACAGGAGCGACCAAACCAAGGCUGAGAUCUGCCUCCGAUGGGUACCACAGAUGAUGGAAUAAAUAGUUCCAUUCCCUGUAGCAUCACAUCAGUGACAGAGUCAGCAACAGCGCUGGGAUCAUCCGGCGAGAAGCAAAUCCACCCCAUGGGUAGGAUGCAAAGAAAGACCGCAUUCCGUCCCAAUCCGCCGACCUGUAAUGCCAAAUACGGCGGCAACCUGCAGAACGCAACCGCGAGGGGAGCGUGAGUGGCACCACACUCCGGAUCAGACAAUGGUCCGAAUAGCCGAGAGGGGCAUCGACGGAAACCUGAUAUCCGUCCGGAUGAGAGGUCAGCAGAAGGUGUAUGAUCCUCCACAUCUGGAAUCCGCGUAGGCGAAGUAACCAGUUGUGUCAGACCAUAUGCCAAAGCAAAGUCAUAAACAGAUCUCCCCGCAUGAUCGGUUAAACGUGAACCGAGCCAUUCGGCGUGGUGGGCGUUAAAGUCGCCAAGAAUCACGAUCUCUGCGGAUGGGACCUGCUGUAGCAAGGAAUCUGUAGCCAUUUGGACGUGGUCGAUGAGUCGGUCUGUUUCGGCAUUACCGCUAUGGGACCUAUAGAGGCACCUGUAGACGCGCGGAUGGUCGUCGCUGUCUACGAGUAUUGUAUAUUUUAUAGUAAAUAUAUAUUAAUGCAGUUAUUUCGAUAAUGCAGACACACACUUUAAUUUUAUUUAUAUGAAUAGGAUCGAUUAAUUAACAAUAUUUUACAGGUUUGAGUAGCAAUCCCAAAAGCCUUCAAGGUAUUUUAGAUUUCUGGCGACACUGUAUAACACAGCGCACGAGUCUCGCUUGCUACGCAGAAGAAAACGGCGUCAGAAGUCUCGUUGCCGUUAAUGUGUGCGUCCCUGAACAGAAAGGAGAAACCGAUAAUAACGUUGAGGUAUGCCAGUGACUUAACGUGUGGUGGUGACGUAAGAGAAUCCAUUUCUCCAUUUUGUCACGUGGAUGUUGUAUGACGCUUCCGAUAGAUGGCGUUGUAACCAAUUUGUUUACGCCAAGGUCAAUAAAUCAGACCGGCGGCGGAAAACAAUGUCCAAGAUGCGAGAUAGCUCAUAUUCAUAUUGUUAAUCUGCCUUCCAAGCGUGACGAUUAAGGCUCAUCCUUCUAAUAACAGGUGAGGCCCCUAUCCAAUAGUGGAAUUUAGUGAGCUGGUGAAUAUUAAGAAAAAUAGUAGCAGUACUAAUCAUGCAAUUAUUCACAGGUUCCUUUAUUAACAACUAGAUUUUACUUGAGGCUCCGUUCGCGUUUAUUUAAAAUCCGGCGAAUUAUUUAUUACUGAAACUACAACACACUUCUCCAGACUACAUUAAAAUAUUUCUUUCACUCAUCGAAAACCUUUCGGCCUUAGAAACACGAUGGACAAGCUACGUAGAGCUGACCAUGGUAAAAAUAUACCGUACCGAAGGGUAAUUCCGCUACUUUUAAUACCGCAUCUGCACGCUUGGCACUGGCCGCAAACUCUCACACGUUUGGCUUGACUUUGGGGAUCAAACGUCGCCAUCCACAUUCCACACGCUGAGUGCGUUAGUUUGUUCUGAAGAAGCAAGCAUCACGGACAUCGAGGUUGUUGUGUCGGUUAUAACGUUUGACUUAAGUUAUUUUUACUAUAAAUACAAGAAAACAAGUGAAAGUAAACGAAAAAUACGGCAACAUAGAUGGUGGAUGUUAAAAAUUCAUAAAAGCCGUACCAGGUAAUUAUGAAAUUAUUUUAUUAUAGGUACUUAUUUUCGCCACCCGCGCAGAAACGAGACUGAUUGGCACAAACGUGUGAACGAGUCAUAAACACUUGCGGCAAAUUUCCUUUGAUUUGUGACAAAAAAACCGACACCGAUCCGAUUUGCUAUGAGCGCUCGCAAACGUACGCAAAGAAAGUCAAACACUAUCCACACCUUUGAAUUUGUGACGGCUUGUUGAGAUUUGCCAAGCGUGCGGACAUGGCAUAAAGUUUGAGCCUGAGAUUUGUUAAUUGUUUUGAAAAUAUUACAUUCGAUGGGAAUUAAAAUCUUUCCUUGUAAUUUGUAUUGCGGACUUUUUGCGGAAUAAGAAAUCCAAUUCGUCCAAGUAAAUUUUAUAGUCUACUUAUAAUAGUUCAUGCAAAGCAUGCCAAGAAAUAAAAGUUUUAUUACUGAAUUUUUGGCACCAUGGACUAAAAAAACUGUAAUGUCCUAUUCUGGCUUAUUAUCUAUAAUGUUUCCAAGUUUCUUUAAAAUCCGUGCAGUAGUUUUUCCGAGAUUGAGCCAUAAACAUCCAAACAAACUUUCACAUUUAUUUAUACAAUUAUAGUUUAUUAAAGCUGACAUAUUAUUACAGUAAAAUUGGUAAAAUUCAAAAUUUUGUACAACCGACGUCAAUAUAAAUAAAAUAAGAACAUCAUCAAUUUAGACGAAGACGAUUAAAUAUGCAUUAUAAAUGAUAACUCAAAAACUUUAUGGGACCACAUGAGCACCACCAGCUAUCAAAUAAACAAAGAAUCAUCAAAAUCGGUUCAACUAGAAAAAAAAUUGAGGUUAUCACGCAUAAAAAAUACAGUCGAAUCGAGAACCGCCUCCUUUUUUGAGGUCUGUUUGCUGUUAAUAUUUUAAUUAGUUAACAGUCUAAUUUUACGCAUUUUCUGCAGCGAAACCAGUCAAAUUUAAUUUUGUUGAAAUUCUAUUUUUUAUAGACGAGGUAAAUGACCAUGAGGCUCGCCUUAUGGUAAAUGACUACCGCCGCCCAUUAACAACUGUAAUACCAGGGGUAUUUCAAUCCGCCGCUAGGGUUAGGAACGCUGGUGUUUUCUAAUGCUCGUUUUUUCUGCACCCAUGUGGCCUUCGCGUAUCGACCUCGGGCAAUUCAUUGUACAUAUAAAGUUUGAAAGUUGCGAAGGGAGGCGCGCCUUAUGUUCUGGUGCGCCUUAAUUGAGAAGGAGAACGGGGAGAAGUUGUCCUAUCCCGAGGAGGUGCUAUGGGCCAUGAGGCGGCCAUGUGCGAAAGCGUUAUUAUCCUCCCUCUCCUUUCCAACAUCGGACAGCCAGUCAGUUUACUUCGCCUAUCGUAAGGCAUGUACCCACAGUAACAAAGGAAUAGAAUAAUUUGUCUGCGUCUGACAUUCCGACCGAUUACAAUUUGGAUGCCUGGGUUAAGAGUGAACAGGCUCUUGUAAUGCUGAAACAGUGCUAUUUACCAUUUAGGACUUCAUCAACACUUACCACUAUAUGAACAAGGCCGAAUUUACUAGCUAUAUAAUGCACCCCUCAAGCUGUAUGGGGUCAAAUAUGUAUUCAUACCUCCAAAUUAUUUUUCAACAUGUUUGUCCAUAUGUUCUCAGAUAGAAGGUGAGGAAUGGCAAAAUGUGUACCACGCGCUGGAGUUCGCAGAAGCUAAAUGUGAUCCAUAUGAGUACCUGAAUCUGGAUAUGGUACUGGGCGCUUACGGAUUGCUAGUGAAAAGAGAAUACAGAGGAGCUAAGCUCGGGGCCAGGUUAUUGAAUGCAAGAGAGCCUCUUUCUAAUGUCCUGGGUAUAAAAGCAACGUCGACAGUUUUCACCGGUAUAUCGUCACAGAAGUUGGCCGCUAAAUGCGGAUUCACGACGAUUGCGGAAGCGUCUCUCAGUGAAAUGGCCGAGGCGGGUCUUAAAUAUCCGAAAGAUGACCAAAGAACAAUAAAGUUAAUGGUGAAAAAAUACAAAUAGGAUUUACUUUUGUAAAAUUUGUGCAGCGGUUGUUUUGUAGUAUUUCUAGACAUUUUGAAUUUCACUACAAUUGUUGAUGAAUUUUAUUUUUAAUUGUAUAAUAAACAAUUAAAAAUAAAAUGCAAUAUUCUUAUAGUCAUGUUUGUUUUAUGAGAAUAUAUGUUUAUUUCCAUG